AACUCACUCACAAUGUCUUACCGUGACAACGACAACGACAACACCAGCUCCGGCUACGGCAACACCGACAGCUACAGCUCCGGUCGCCGCAACGACGACGACAACAACAACAGCAGCGGCUUCGGCUCCUCCGGCCGCGGCGACAAUGAUAGCUACGGCUCCACCGGCCGUACCGGUGGCUUCGGCGGCAGCGGCGGCGGCGGCGACACCUAUGGCUCGUCCACCGGUCGCACCGGUCGCAGCAGCGGCGGCGACGACGACGCUCUUGGCGGCAGCGGCGGCGCGUAUGGCUCCUCAGGCCGUACCGGUGGCGGCGACACUUACGGCUCCUCCACCUCGUCGGGGCGCCGCGACAACGACGACAGCUACGGCUCGUCGGGGCGCACCACCACCGGCGGUGACAGCUAUGCCUCCUCCGGGCGCACUGGUGGCACUGACACGCUAGGUGGGAGCGGCGGCUCCUACGGGUCGUCGGGCAACAGCCGCCGCGAUCGCGACGACGACGACUCGUACGGUUCGUCUGGCCGCACCGGCGGCAGUGACACGUAUGGGUCCUCUGGCCGCACCGGAGGCAGUGACGCGUAUGGCUCCUCUGGCCGCACCACCGGCAGCGACACGUACGGCUCCUCUGGACGCACCGGAGGCAGCGACACCCUCGGCGGCAGCGGCGGCUCCUACGGGUCGUCGGGCAACAGCCGCCGCGACCGCGACGACGACAACGACAACAGCUACGGCUCGUCGGGCAACAGCCGCCGCGACCGUGAUGACGACAACGACAACCGCGGCGGCGACAGCACCGUGGGCAAGCUCAUGGAAAAGGCGGGCGGUAUCCUCGGCAGUAGCAAGCUCGAGGAGCGCGGCCACCAGAAGCGCGAGGAGAGGGGCGGCAACGACUACUAG